GAGACCCCACUGGCUCCUGCCUUUCUGCACAGAUAGGAAAAAACUUAAGCACUGUGAGAGAGGGAAGUACCAGAGAGGGAGUGUCAGCAUGUCUUCUGCAUUCAGAUUCCAGUGCCACUUCUUCCUAAUCUUCUUGGCAACCCUGAAGGGGGAAACCAGAUACCUAGAGGUGAGGGAUGCUGGCGAGGAUGAUCCCUUUCUGCUCCUCAGCGCAGACCUGAAGCGAGAAUUGUCCGAAGGGCAGAUCUACCGUCGGUCACUUAGAUGUAUUGACAUGCUAAGUAUAGAGGGGCAGUUCACCUUCACCGCAGAACAACCCCAGCUACACUGUGCCACUUUCUUUAUUGGAGACCCAGAGGAGCUCAUCACAAUAGACUAUGACUUUGUAAACAUUGACUGCCAAGGAGGAGAUUUCCUUAAGGUAUUUGAUGGCUGGAUACUCAAAGGUGAGAAAUUUCCUAGCUCCUUGGACCACCCUCUUCCCACUUCGCAAAGAUACAUUGAUUUUUGUGAAAGCAACAACUUUCAGAGGAGCAUCAGAUCAUCCCAGAAUGUGGCAAUGAUCUUCUUCAGGAUUCAUGAACCCGGCAAUGGAUUUACAUUCACAAUAAAGAAAAAUACCAAUCUCUUCCCCUGCAAUGUCAUCUCUCAGACUCCGACUGGAAGGUUCACUAUGUUAAUUCCUCAUCAGCACAGAAACUGCAGCUUCUCUAUAAUUUAUCCAGUGGUGAUAAAAAUAUCUGACCUUAUACUGGGACAUUUAAAUGGCCUCUACUUAAAGAAGGAAUGCCUUGAGAGUGGGUUAGUGGUCAUGAUGCUACUGCACAAACUCCAGGGAGAGAUUCCUCCCUCAUCCAGACCACUCCUGUUGCAAAAUGAUAUAUUCAGGACUGGCGUGGAGGAAAAAAAUUGGUCACUUAUUGCAACAUGUGAUAGAUCCCCACUGGCCUCGCCAAUCCUGAAACCAUCAGCAAGCUGCACAGGAGUGGGAGAUUUUGUGGAGCUGUUGGGAGGAACUGGAUUAGAUCCCUCCAAGAUGUUCCCUCUAGCUGACCUGUGUCAUUCCUUUCAUGGCCCUGCCCAAAUGAAGAUUGGCUGUGACAACACUGUACUACGAAUGGUUUCCAGUGGCAAACAUAUCAAUCGUGUGACAUUCGAGUACUAUCAGCUUGACCAGAAUGAACUGGAAAAUAGAAAGGAGAAUAGUAUUGAGGAGUUCUGCUUCCCUGGUAUUUGAGAAACCAGUCAAAGUAUUUUCACACUGCUAGGAAAAUAACAGACAAAGUACUUUUAUUUUAACCAACUGGUAUUAUCAAAUCUUUCUACUGUGCAAGCAUAUUUAUCUUUUUCACACCAAUCAACUACUCUCAUGAUCAAGCAGGAAGAGACAGACAAUGUCUCAAACUUUAUAUUUACCAUGAUACUUUUUGCAAUAUUUAAGUUCAUUUAUUACAUCCAAAAUUAAUAAGCAGAACAGAAGAACAUGUUCCAGAUAUAACUAUUUUUUCAAAAGGAAAUAGUUGAAAAUCCUUUGUGCAGCUCACUUGAGUACACAUGAAAACCAAAUCAGUAAAAAGUUAAUUUCAAAUUAAAUCCUUUUAUAGCAGGUACAAAUACAACAAAAACAGUGGAACUCACUUCAGUUUUAUAAUAGAAAAUCCUGUAUUAGUGUGUGUAAAAACUGCUUGUUUAUUUAUUAAUGUAAAUGUACUGUUUAUUUCUAAUGACUUGUUUUUAAUAAAAUUUAUAGCAUGGGAACCUUUCCUUACCCAAGUUCAAACAUGAAUAAAAACAUUCAAAGUGUUGGCAAAA